AUGGAAUCGCUUCGCAGACGAGUCCUGGAUCAGGAGCUGUGCAGACUGAUGAAGCCAGAGUUCACACUCACGACGAUAUCGGGGGACGCAUCGUUAGGGCCUGGACAGUGGACAUGGUACAAGAGGAAGAUACGCGAGCGCCAACGAACACGACUCGCGAUCCUAAGAUCGCUCCCGAUACAGAAGGACAGCCUCAAAAGAGAACAAAGUCUGUGCCCGGCGCUCACGACGAGAAUACACGACACGGCGCCAUCGAAGGCGGUCUUGGGAUUAUCCCUUUCCACCAGCUCGCUCGGGGGCAGCCUUCCCGAGAACGAGGGCGCGUUCGUGGUCGCAGGGAUGGGAUGCACUCCUUGCAAGGUUCGAACUUUGGAGGCCGCGGCGGUCGAGGAGCUCCGGCAGUGCUCCGGCGCCGACCGACGACGCAUGCGCCCCCUCCCGCCCACGCCUGGCCUAGUAGGCGCGCGCGCAUCGAUCCUCGCUGACCACGCAAGCUUCGACACCAUUUCCCUGGGCUCUCGGACGUGCCUCAAGGAGCUGUUUGCGCUGGCCGGUGUAGCGAACCUUGACCGCAUCGUUCCCUCAUUGUCACGUCACCUUCCUGGCCAUGGUACCAGCACUUCCUCCUCGCCCUAUAUUUCUCGAUCUUAUGUUCGGCACUCUCACCACCUCGCCACGUUCACCUCCUUGCAUCUCCAUGAGCCCACUGGGCGUGACCGUGACGAGGACCUGCUCGGAAAACGAGCCCUCUAUGGGAUAUUGUAG